GCUGCUUGCUCACGGACUUUCCACGCGAUGAAUUUCUUUUUCUGCUUCUUCCUUUUUUCCCUUUUUUGCGUGCGAGGAUACCGUGCUGAUGACGAAUGCGAAAAGCCGAUUCUUUGAUUCUGACGUUUGUUUUAACAAGGCCCCGCCGAUUUUGAAGUCAUUCUUUUUCUUUGCGGAAUCGUAGGUUUGGUGGAGAGCGGCUGCCAAAAUUCGGAUGAUAAAUUUGAUACGGAGACAUCUCCGCUCUUCUUUACUGCAUUCACUAUAUUCCAAAGAAAAUAUUUCGCUCUACUCAACUUUGAGUCUCCCGUCUCGAUCCCAUAUACCCAUGGAUAUGCAAGAGGCGACAAGCAAUCCCGCGAUGGAAGGCGAUCAGAGGAAUCCGAAUUUCGAGGAGGAGAUCCAGCCUUACAAGAUACACGUAUGUAUUUCUUUCCUAAUAUGAGGAUUUUAGGGAGGAAAUGGAAUGAUGGCGUGCUGAUGGAUUGUUAGGUCUCGAGUAAAUACCUUUCUCUUACACAGAAGAAAUUGGAGUUGACCCGCUUACCGCAUGAGGUUGCGUUGCCCAAGGAGAGGGAAUGGGAACUGGGUGCGCCGAAGAAUGAGAUUGAGCCUUUGAUUGAUUUUUGGUGAGUUUUCCUGUUGGAUCAAUGGACGGAUUGUGUCGGACUUCCUGGGGCAAGAAAGUGUUGCUCAGAGGUUGGAUCAACUGGGAAACGGCUUUGAAUCCUUCGUUCUGGACACUAAACCAACCCCCCCCCCCGAGCAAGCUAUGCGUACGCAGAACAACUACACUGGAACAUCAACUAAUCGCAUUAACACAGGCUCGAAAACUACUCCUGGCGUACUCAAGAAGCUCACCUCAACAACUCCCUCCCCCAAUAUCGCAUCGCCUUCCGUCUUCCACCACCCAGCACCAGUCCCCCACUUCGAAUUCACUUCGUUCAUAUCCGCUCGCGGCACCGCCACGCUAUUCCUCUCCUUCUAAUCCCCAGCUCUCCCCUCACAAAUCUCUCCCUCAUUCCGCUCUUCGCACCCCUCUCCGACCCCGCAAGCCCGACAAGUACCCAACCAUUCCACCUAGUCGUGCCCUCCAUCCCCGGUCUCGGCUUCAGCGACCCCCUCCAAACACCCGAGGCCGAGGGAACCGUCCUGGAAUAUACAGCAAUGAUACUCAAUAGCAUAAUGCUUCGACUGAAAUACGAUUUCUAUCUCGCGAGCGCGACGGGGAGUGGAAGGGAGAGCGCGGUGGGCGUUGAUUACCAUUUGCCUCGACUUAUUGGGGAGAGGUUUCCGGGGAGUUGUCUGGGGGUUAGUUUGUUGGAGCCGGAGGUGCAGAGCCCGCGGGUGGGAGAGGGGAUGAGUUGGGUUAAGUUUCGUGUUGCGAGGUUUUUGAAGGCGGCUGUCUUUGGGUAUGUCAAGGAGGAUUGGAGGGCGAUGAAUUUAUUACGCAACAAAUCAAAAGAUACGACGAAGAAGGAUCAGGUUAACGAGGAAUCACCGUUGUUGAGUGGGAAAAAGAACAAGAGUCUUGAGACUGUGGGUGUACUGGGUCUACGAGAGCCGACCACAUUAUCCUAUGCCCUUUGUGAUUCUCCUGUUGGCUUACUAGCUGUGUUUUGCUCUGGCCUGAGGAAAAUCAGCCCAAAUCACAGCCUAAGUCCUACUGAAAUCAUCGAUGUUACUUCUCUCGCCUGGCUUCCGGGAAUUGAAGCAGGCGCGCGAUUUUGGGCAGCUGCCGCGAAAGAAAUUCAAGCGAUGUCAAAGAAACCACCCGGUCCACGAACCAGAGUUGCCAUUACCGUCUUUCGAGUCGAUGGUUCCGAUCCGGAUCGUUACACCUGUCCCGCGUGGGCCACGAGGAAACACAACGUCGUGUUUACACAAAGAGCUGUUGGUUUACCAGGCCUGGUUUCUUGGGAGAGAGUCGAUGUUGUCGUGGCGGGGGUCAGAGGUCUCGCGAGGGAGAUAGGCAACCUUGACCCGAGAUUGAGGAGUCGACGAUUGGAGGAUGUGCUGAUGUCGGAUGAUGAGUACAGCGCCAGCGAGGACGACGAGAGUGGACACGAUAUACAGCUGAAUGUUGGGAGACCAGACACCGUGGCCAACUUUAACACGAAUCACGGUGCGGCAUGAUCAAUUUUGGUACGGCACGUUAAAGCCAUGAGACGUUCAAAGUUCAACUCGGUAAUACCUUUUUUCUUGGAGGAUGGGAUCAUUGGAAGGCAAGGGAACGGAUGAGCUAUGGGUAGGUCUGUAGGCUGUAGAUGGGGAUAUAUUAAAAACAGAAGAGAUACCAAGGAAUGGGACAACGGCACCGGAUGGAAGUUUUAGCGGCGAAUACCCAUUUGGUUGUAACAUGUAACAAGGAAAUUAAACAGGCGUACUGGAUUGUACUGCUAUGACUGACGCUAUUUU